UCUUUACCUUAUUGUUGACUGAUACUAUAAUAUCGGUAUACUCAUUGUAUAAGAGAGCGACGUGCAAUUGCAAAGGCACAAUAACAAGAACACUUUAUUCUUCUUCUUCUUCGUGUGUUUCUCAUCUGAUAUAUUCCAAAUCUGUCAUAGGCGGAGGUUCGGCGGUUAUAGAGGCGGAGGAGGAGUUGUGACGGUUGCAGAACAAGAGAAUAGCAGAGGCACUGAUACGAGAUGAUUGGGGUAACAGCCAUUGACUUGAGUGAUAGAGCUAUGGAGUUAACAUCAAGUAAUGCUGAAGGAAAGUUGUGUCAUCACCCUUAUUUUCCAGCACCGCAACAGCCUUUGCUAUUUUUCCAUCAAAAUGAAAAUGGUAUACUUUAUAACAUCACAAAGCAGUGUUACUACAAAAUUGACACAUCUUUCAUGGAUAGCAAGUAUGUGAUCAGCGACAGCGCCAAUAGGGAUGGAUGGAUGGUAUUGCAAGAUUGUGACACUCGAGGUGUUGCGCUUGCAAAUCUUUACUCACAUGAGAUGAUCCAGCUCCCGAAAUCAGAACUAUGCAUGUAUCGUCGCCCGGAUCCAGAUUAUGGUUUAUUAAGGCGUAAUUUUGCUUGUAUUUCGUCCAAUCCUCGCGAUCCUAAUUGCUACGUUGUCUUGGUUGAUUAUGACCACACUAUGUCUUUUGACUUCUGCAAAAUUGGAGACACCGAAUUUAAGAUGAAGACAUUAACAUCAUUUGAAGAGGAGAGGUUAGAGUCCAUGACAAAUUUCGAUGGGAAGAUGUAUGGGUUGAUGAACACCACUACAUUGGUACGUAUAGACUUCAAUGGAAAUGAUGUUGAAUUUCAUGAAUUGAUAAAUGAUAAGUUUACUUAUAAGCUGUCAUCAAGAACUAAAUAUGACUUGCGGAUGAGGGGCUAUAUUACUGAAAGUUGUGGUGAAAUCCUACUAGUUGCCAAAAUUUAUCUUGGGCUAACUACAUAUAAUCGCCCCAAUCAUUACCCAAGUUAUUACCCUGUUGAAAAGAUUAGAGUUUUCAAAGCAGAUUUAUGUGCCCGAAAAUGGGUGGAGAUGAAGAGUAUAGGAGAACGUACCAUUUUCCUUGGAUGUCAUGGAGGCAUAUUUUGCAUUAACAGUAAUGACAAGAACUCAGGUUUGAGAGCCAAUUGCAUAUAUUUCUUGGAAGACGACGACAGAAACAUGUAUGUUUUUGAUUUGGAAGAUAAUAGCGUCUCUGUCAACCUUCCUUGCUCUCAUGUCCGUAAGCGGGAAUUGACUUCCCUAUGGAUGCUACGAUAGUAUUAAGUUAAUUCAUGUAGUACACAGUUCAAAUAUUGAUUCUUCUUUUGGCAGAUUUAACUGCAAUUCGAUAAUUAUAUAAUGGAUGGAGCUUCAUAAACUUUAUCAAAAUUUGGUUAAAAUUGAUUACUUUUUUUGGAAGUCUUAUACUGAUAUUCAGAGAGGGAGUAGGUAUCGUUUUUGUAAACUCACAUAUGCAGAGACUAUUUGUCUAUCUUGCCAAAGACAGGGUAUUUGUGUAAUUUCAUAUCCCAUAGUGAAUGAAUCUAUCAUGAAAAUCUCAACUCAAGAUAUUGUUAUUAUCAAAG